AUGAAGGUUUUUUUAACUCUCUUAGCUUUAUAUACUCUUGCAUCAUGCUCUGCCCUUUUCAGUGGAGAGCAGAUUCCUUUGGUUAGCAAACAAGUAUCCGGCAACUCAUUAUUAUUGGAUACCAUCAAGAAUUUUGGGUAUGGUGAUAUUUCCAAGGCGGAUAAAGUUGAAGUCCAAAAAAUUUGGGAAGACGCAUUGGCUGAAUAUCCUGAGCUCAUUUCACAAUUGGAAAAGUUGAAUCAAAAGCCAGAUUCUUCAACCACUAAUUUCAAUUUCAAAUCCGAGACUGCUGCCACAAAUUGGGAUUUUGAAAUCGAGCAUGAUUCCCAUCCAAACUAUAAACUCCAAGGUAAAAAACCUGAUCCCUCUAAACUCAAAGUUGAUAAUGUCACACAAUAUUCUGGUUAUAUUGAUGUAGAAGAUGAGGACAAACAUUUCUUUUAUUGGUUUUUCGAAUCUAGAAACGAUCCUGCCAACGAUCCGGUGAUCUUGUGGUUGAAUGGUGGACCAGGUUGCUCAUCCUUUUUGGGACUAUUCUUUGAAUUAGGGCCUUCGUUAAUUACUAUCAAUGGUUCAUUAGAGUUCAAUCCACUCUCUUGGAAUUCCAAUGCCUCAGUUAUUUUCUUGGAUCAGCCUGUCAAUGUUGGCUUUUCAUAUUCUUCAAAUGACGUUUCUAAUAGUUGGGCUGCUGGAAAGGAUGUGUUUGCAUUUUUGGAUCUUUUUUUCCUUCAAUUUCCAGAAUACUCUCAUUUAGAUUUCCACAUUGCUGGAGAAAGCUAUGCCGGUGUUUAUAUUCCUGUCAUUGCCAACGAAAUCUUGAGCCAUGAAGAUCGCAGUUUCAAUCUAACAUCGAUUCUUAUUGGUAAUGGAAUAACAGACCCAAAGACUCAAAAUCACUGGUAUCAACCGAUGCUCUGUGGUCAGGGUGGACAUCCCCAAGUGAUUCCUGAUGAACGCUGCGAGCAAAUGUUGACAGAGGAAUCUCGUUGUGCCAAGCUUCUUGAUGCUUGCUAUUUAUCCCAUUACUCUAAACUUGCAUGUAUUCCUGCACUCGUAUAUUGUGAUGGGAAAGCGUUCGCUGCCGUUAGUGACUACAACAUUAACGCUUACGAUAUUAGAAUGAUUUGUGAAGACGAUUGCUACCCUGAGGAGGAUCAAAUCAGCAAGUAUUUGAACUCUCCUAUCAUUCAGGGUGCUCUUGGGGUUGAUUCAAUUGAUUUCAAGCAUUGCAGCGGUGAUGUUGGAAAUAGAUUUAUGAUGCAAGCUGAUCAAAUGUACCCAUAUCAAGAAGAAAUAAUCAAAUUGUUGGACGAUCAUCACUUGCCUGUAUUAAUUUAUGCGGGUGAUAAAGAUUACAUUUGCAAUUGGUUAGGAAAUGAGGCUUGGAUGAAUAAAUUGGAGUAUUCUCAGCAUAUUGAGUUUGAGUUCCUUGCUGAAAAGAGGGAUUAUGUCACAUUGGAUGGCCAAAAAGCGGGCCAAGUUAAAAACUGGGGUAACUUCACUUUCAUUAGAUUGUUUGAUGCUGGCCAUAUGGUCCCUCAUGAUCAAGCGGCACCAGCCUUAGAUAUGAUCAAUAGAUGGAUAAAUGGGGACUUGGCAUAUUAUUGA